UGUGGUUUAAGCAUAGAUUACUUAUACUUAAUAUCAUAGAUAAUACACUAAAUUUAAAAAGAUUGUGUUUGUUAUUGACGUUUAAUAAAAUCUCUAAAAAAGAUCUUGUUUAAAUACAAUGAUCCAAGUACUUAUUAAACAUUAUUAAAGAAUAUGUCAUAAAAGGAACUAUAUCCAAUAAAUACGCAUCCGAUUUAAUUUAUAGGUAGUUUUGUGGAAUGUACUUGUUAUUCACAUCUUUGAUUUAUCCGAGAGUCCAUCGAGGGUUCGGAAAUUAAUUCAAAAUUUCAUUGAUAACAGAGUUAUCAACAAUGGAUCUAGAUGAGAACUCACUUGAUAGCGAAUCGCUGCAAAGAGUCUCUGCUAGUGAAGAAGUGGAUGACGAGCAGACAACCUCAGAAGAUGAGCAAGACUUUGACAUCUCUUUAGCUGCCUCGCAUUCCUACAUGGGCGGAGGGCUCAGCUCGGUGCGAGGGCGCGUGGUGCUGGAGGCGGGCUGGGAGGGCCGCGUGCCGGUGGUGGCGCACCACGGCGCCGUGUUCCCGGGAGAGACCGUGCCCAUGCUCGUGUCCAACGCGCACGACGCCGCCAUCGUACAGAAAAUCAAGGACGACAAACUCUUCGGCUUGCUGUGCCCCGACGGCGACAACGGCGCGGCGGUGUCGGGGUACGGCGCGCUGUGCGAGGUGUACGAGGCGGCGCUGGGCGGGGCCGCCGAGCCCGCCGCGCUCAGCUUCAAGGCGCGCGCCACGCACCGCUUCCGCUUCUGCCACAUGCCCAAGUCUUCCGUGCCCAUACACCUCUACGCCAGACUGCGGCUGGCGGACGUGCGCGUGCUGCCCGACGUGUGCGGCCCCCCGCCGCUGCGCGCCCCCGGCCUGGACUCGCUCAGGUCGCGGCGGGGGCUGCGCUACGUGGACGCGGCGCUCACGGCGUGGCCCGCGUUCGUCUACGACAUGUUCGACUACGAGCGCAUGCGGAACAUCAUCAAGGCGUACUUCGACACGCUGAUGCUGGACGCGCUGCCGGAGGGCGCCGUGUCGCUGUCGUACUGGGUGGCGUCCAACCUGACGCUGGGCGCGCGCGACCGCCUGGCGCUGUUCGCGGUGGACGACGCGCUGCUGCGGCUGCACCUCGAGGUGCGCUUCAUCACUCAGUUCUCCCGCGCCCAGAAGUGCGCGCUGUGCUGCGGGUCCUGCGGCGGGGAGGUGGCGCAGCGCGAGCACGUGUUCCCCAUGUCCAGCCACGGCGUGCACUCCAACUACACCAACCCGGGCGGGUACGUGCACGGCGUGGUGACGGUGACGCGCGCGCGCGCCGCGCCCGGCGGCCCGCCCUCCGCCGACUACUCGUGGUUCCCCGGCUACAGCUGGACCGUCGCGCUGUGCCGAGACUGCCGCGCGCACGUGGGCUGGAGGUUCGACGCCAUAAAGAGGAGCCUCCGCCCGCAGCAGUUCUACGGGCUCUGCAGGAACUACGUGCAGCCGCGACACCACGACCAGGACCUCGCCGACUACUGACCGCCCGGCCCGGCGCUGCCCCCGCACCGCAUGGGGCUCGGGCUCAAAAUCCUAUUUCAUGUAGUAAUUUGGGAAUACGAAAUCGCGAGGAGAAUCCGCGCGAGGUCGCCUCCCACACAAGGCAGUACUCCGACAGCCAGUGUUCUGAAGAGCCUGGUUUACUUAAACUCCACUACUUAAAAGUGUUUAAUGCCUUUUGUUCCCUGAUUACUUAGUCAUGACGACAACGGACUUUUUUAAUACUGUAAAGUGACGGCGUGCACACGUGACCCGCCCGGCGCAGCGUGCUGUGCUGUGGCUGGGUGGGGCAGGGCCGCUUGUUGUUAUUAAGAAAACUUUUGUACAUACUGUAUCAAAUCUUGUAUUUAGUAUUUUAUAAAAAACCUGUACUGGAUUAAUCUUGUGUUACAGUAAAUUUUGUAAUUUUUGCGAU